UUUCUUAUUUAAUAAAGAUUUUAUCGCCUCCCAUGUCAUUUUACAUUACCUUGUCGUGAUAAAACAGAUAAAAAAGGAAUCAUACCUAGAUAUAUCUCAGCAUGAAUAACGGAACCCUACCGUCCUUACAGCGGAGUGGAUGUUCGUGUGAAAAAUCUGCGAAUUUUGAUUUUCGUCCCAAAAUCCGGGGAAGGAAAUUCACUAUUUACAAAGGUAAAAUGCAUUCUUGUUGCAAUGACAUUCAGACUGCAGCAGUUAAAUUUGACUCAACUAGAAAAGGUUCGAAAGAGAGCUUAGAAAUUUACAUAAAGGAAUCAAAGACAGCCCAUGAUAUUGCCAGAAAGUUCUCAAAAAUGUGUAAUGUGACGAUUAGAUUUCCAGAAUUACAUCUAGCAGUCAUGGACGAAGUGUCUUUCCUAACAAAUACUUUAUCCGAUAGUAGAAAACUGUCCAGCGAAGAAUUCGUUUUGUUUGAACCGUUCAUUAAGGGCAGACUUGAAUACUUCGUGACAUGUGAAGGCAUUGUCACAAAGAAAUGUCCACAAAUCAUUCAAGAACUCUGUCAUUUUUCUUUCCAAGAUUCCAAUGGAACUAGUCUUCUCCGAGGUGUCAAGGGUCAGCAGAUAAGAGUAAACGGUAAACAUAGGCUACAACUUGCCUCGCCAUCUACCUGUGUAUUUUCAGAAGGAGGCUGUGAACCAGACAUCCGGGUAGCUGUCAAAAACUUUUUUGAUACACAUCAGUGCACACAACGCUGUGAAAAGUGGUUAAAUUGUCACCUAUAUGAAAAGUCGCAUUUAACUAAUUUUGUGGGAUCUCCCCCGCCGUAUGUGAGUUAAAAAACAACUUAAAAAAUGAAAUUCUAAAAAAAAAAGAAUUAAACUUUCAUACAUAUGAAAUUAUACAUGUAUGUGAAGCUUCCUCUGUAUUGAUACAAUGUGUAUGUGUUAGUACAGUGUACAAUAAAAUGUUCAUGAUAAAA